GAGAGCAACACCGGGAUCCAAGACCAAAGAGAAGGAUGCACGACCAACACAAGCGACCACCUGGAUGGGCCGUUACGCAGCAAUCCUCGCAGGUUUGUACGCUUCUCGUCCUUUACGUCAGCAGCAAGUGCAUCGCGGAAGCCCAGAGAGGAAGCCCGUGGAAGAAACGCCAGGUCGUCAGCCGCGGCAAGGAUGCAAAACUUGCCUUUCGGCACCCGAGUCAUUUGUACCGCCCGCCUCGACAAGCCCGACCGACACAGACUGGCAGACACAGCAGCCUUUCUGUGUGCUGUUGUCGCUGCUGCCAGACCCCCAAGAUGCAUUGAUGGACAACACACCUUGUGUUUCGGCAUCCUGCUCUGACUCAGCCUUGCGAGCUACCCGUCGUUAUUCUCGGCACGAGGCGAGAGUGUGCAGUAGUAUCUGCUCCUUGUCUGCUUGUCCCACCUGAGUCCGCCGGCCAUCGGAAACCAGACUGGGGACAAUCCGAGUCGAUGCUCAGUGCUCAAUCUCCCUCCAGUCGGUUAUCUUGAUACGGGCUGGAAUACUUUCCCUUCUUGUCCCAUCUCGGCCCUUGCGAUGCUCAAGGUUCUGGGCUCGGAGAAACUGUCAGUGAGCACCGGGCUGACUACGACACGAGCGAGCCCGUUGGCUUACUCGGUGCCCGGGUGCCCGACCGGACUGCUUGCUUACUGACUGUUUCGGCCCAGGAUGCAUCCUGCUACGACUACUGCCGUGGGUUCUCUAGCCGUUGCCUCUCUAGUGCGGCAGUUGGCCGAUUUGCAGCGCAACGAUCUGGCUCAUGCGAGGGCAUCGAGUGGUGCCACCGUGCCUUUUGAUAUCUGGGGCCUCCAUCUCCCAUUGUUUGAUGACGAUCCUCCCCUAACUCAUGUUGGCAGCCCUAGCGCCACGGGUAGAGGGCCGAGUAAAUUUAGCUGCCACCGCGGGCCUGCAGGCAUGCGGCUUGUUCCUUUGAUAUUGAGCUGUUCGGUUAUCAGUGUGACGGUCGGUAACGGUCGGUACUGAGUAGUCCACUCGGUUCUCAGUCAGUCAGUCCGCCAGCCAAUCUGCCGUGGGGUCACUUAAUAAUCCACCAUCAAGUGAUGUGAAGGUCCGACUCCGAAUAGAGUGAGCAGCAAGGAUUGUACCGGUCGGCACGUUUCCAGUUCGGCGGGUUUCCAGGUCUUCUUGCGGUGGUGCUAUCUCGGGUUUGGGGCAGCCUGGCAGCCUGGGUGGGAGGUGCGACGAUUGGAAUCCAGCCCGUUCCUUCUCUUGCGCCCAGCUCGGGGAUGCGAGUGCAGUGCACCUAGCGCUGCCCUGCAGGGACUCUCAAGUACCGGUACACUCCACCUUGGCACGGUCCACUGGCGCGGGCAGGGAUCUGAGCUGGAUCGGAGACCAGGAACUUCCCCAACUUUUUCAGAGGUCACCAAUGCCACACUGCCAUGGGCUCGUAGCAGCUGUGCCAGUUAGCCUCCAGCUCCCACCUCAGCUCAGCUCAGCGCCGCCGCAGGACUUGGGAAGGGGGAAAAAGUGACGACCAAAGCGAAGGGGUCAGAGCAGACGGACCAGGAAUUUCCAACAAACAGGACAACUCUACGGUUACUAGCACAAUCAAGCUGAUUCGGGAUCGGCACUGUCGCAAGAGCAGCAGAAGAAGCCCGGGACAAAGUGGGCACCACCAGUACUGCCUCCCUCUCUCUCAUCGCCGCUGCCCCUCGCAUGCUUUCCUCGUCGCAUCGAUCUCUCCCACCCCCCCCGUCCACCCACCCUUCCAUCCCACCAGACCACGCUUCAGCUCCACACCCGACAGCCUCAGUGAACUCGAUACUCUUCACAGCUCUAGGACUGCUAGACCGAAGAAUUGACACAGGCCUCCCCUUCAAGUUGUUCUAGAAGCCAACCCUUCAGAUACCCAGAACGACCAUGUCUACGGCUCCUGUGAACGGCACGGCAGGCAAGGGCCUGUCUGCCAACGACAACAUCACCCGUUUUGCCGCCCCAAGCAGGGCCCUCAGCCCUCUCCCCAGCCAUGCCCUGUUCAACGACAAGACACGAUGCUUCGUCUACGGCAUGCAGCCCCGUGCCGUCCAGGGCAUGCUGGACUUCGACUUCAUCUGCAGGCGAUCCACACCGUCCGUCGCCGGCAUCAUCUACACCUUCGGUGGUCAGUUCGUGAGCAAGAUGUACUGGGGCACCAGCGAGACCCUCCUGCCCGUCUACCAGGAGGUGGAGAAGGCCGUGGCCAAGCACCCCGACGUCGACGUUGUCGUCAACUUCGCUUCCUCCCGAAGUGUCUACAGCUCUACCAUGGAGCUGAUGCAGCACCCUCAGAUCAAGACCAUUGCCAUCAUUGCUGAGGGUGUGCCAGAGCGACGUGCCCGUGAGAUUGCACACGUCGCCCACCAGAAGGGUGUCACCAUCAUUGGCCCUGCCACUGUCGGUGGCAUCAAGCCCGGCUGCUUCAAGAUCGGUAACACUGGUGGUAUGAUGGACAACAUCGUUGCCUCCAAGCUGUACCGCAAGGGUUCCGUUGGCUACGUCUCCAAGUCUGGUGGCAUGUCCAACGAGCUGAACAACAUCAUCUCCAACAACACGGAUGGUGUCUACGAGGGUGUGGCCAUUGGUGGUGACAGGUACCCCGGAACUACCUUCAUCGACCACUUGCUGAGGUACCAGGCCGACCCUGAGUGCAAGAUCCUGGUGCUCCUGGGUGAGGUUGGUGGUGUCGAGGAGUACAAGGUCGUCGAGGCCGUCAAGCAGGGUGUCAUCACCAAGCCCAUUGUCGCGUGGGCAAUUGGUACCUGCGCCAGCAUGUUCAAGACUGAGGUUCAGUUCGGACACGCCGGUUCCUUCGCCAACUCCCAGCUCGAGACCGCCGCCAUGAAGAACAAGACGAUGGCUGAGGCUGGCUUCCACGUUCCCCCCACCUUCGAGGCCAUGCCCGAGGUCCUGAAGAAGGUCUACGACGACCUCGUCGCCAAUGGCACAAUCAAGCCCCAGGCCGAGCCCGCCGUGCCCAAGAUCCCCAUGGACUACUCGUGGGCACAGGAGCUCGGCCUCAUCCGAAAGCCUGCUGCUUUCAUCUCCACCAUCUCCGACGACCGUGGACAGGAGCUCCUGUACGCCGGCAUGCCCAUCUCGGACGUGUUCAAGGAGGAGAUUGGUAUCGGUGGUGUCAUGUCCCUCCUGUGGUUCCGCCGCCGCCUGCCUGACUACGCCUCCAAGUUCCUGGAGAUGGUCCUCAUGCUUACGGCCGACCACGGUCCUGCCGUGUCCGGUGCCAUGAACACCAUCAUCACCACCCGUGCUGGCAAGGACCUGAUCAGCGCGCUGGUCAGCGGUCUGCUCACCAUUGGUUCCCGUUUCGGUGGUGCCCUUGACGGCGCUGCUGAGGAGUUCACCAAGGCCUUCGACAAGGGCCUGAGCCCGCGUGACUUUGUCGACUCGAUGCGCAAGGCCAACAAGCUCAUCCCCGGUAUCGGCCACCGUAUCAAGUCGCGCAACAACCCUGACCUGCGUGUCGAGCUGGUCAAGGAGUUUGUCAAGUCCAGGUUCCCCAGCACCAAGCUGCUCGACUACGCCCUGGCUGUCGAGACCGUCACCACGUCCAAGAAGGACAACCUGAUCCUGAACGUCGACGGCUGCAUUGCUGUCUGCUUCGUCGACCUGCUCCGCAACUGCGGUGCCUUCAGCAGCGAGGAGGCUGAGGACUACCUGUCCAUGGGUGUCCUGAACGGUCUGUUCGUGCUGGGCCGUUCGAUCGGUCUGAUUGCCCACUUCCUGGACCAGAAGAGGCUGCGCACCGGCCUGUACCGCCACCCAUGGGACGACAUCACGUACCUGCUGCCCAGCCUCGCCCAACAGGGACGGCCAGGCGGCGAGGGCCGUGUCGAGGUGCAGGUGUAAGAAGAGUUUGCGGAAGGAAAAGGCACAUAUCUAGAAGCGGGAGCCAGGAUGGAUGUUUCACACUUUUCAUGGAACCUCGUGUAGUAAUGAUUAGCUCUGGGCCGGGUCUGAUGUGAUUGUUAAACAAUUAGAAGGGAAAUGGAAUUUCAUGAAGACGC